GCAGCGGCGGCCAUAUUGUCUCUGAGACAGCAGAAAUCUUCCUCCGAGGGACGACUAACUCCCGCUAACUACCCGUAACUAACCGUAGCUGACGCUAACCGACCCGAGCCCCGCCAGGCGCGGAGGGAGGCGACGACGGUUCGUUUACUGCAGAGGAGGAGGAGGCGAGGACCGGCCCGCCGCCGCCUGCGAGGCUCCGGUAGAGGGAGGCGAGGACCGGCCUGACGCCGCCUGCGAGGCUCCGGAGGAGGGAAGAGAGGCUCCGGUAGAAGGAGGCGAGGACCGGCGGCCCGAACUGUCCGCUCACCGGGAAGAAGCAUUCCGGGCGCCGAACUGAACAAGGGGCUGUCCGGCUGUGCCCCUGGUGGCCCUUCCCCCCGUCCUCAGGCGAAGCCUCCCCCGAACCGCCCUCUGCUGCGCUGAGCUCCCUCCACCACCUCUGCCAAGCUGUCGGACAUGUCAGGACCCGUGCCGAGCCGGGCCCGAGUGUACACGGAGGUCAACACUCACCGGCCCCGGGAGUACUGGGACUACGAGUCUCACGUGGUGGAAUGGGGAAACCAGGACGACUUUCAGCUGGUGCGGAAGCUGGGCCGUGGGAAGUACAGCGAGGUCUUCGAAGCAAUCAACAUCACCAACAAUGAGAAGGUGGUGGUGAAGAUCCUCAAGCCCGUGAAGAAAAAGAAGAUCAAACGAGAGAUCAAGAUUCUGGAAAACCUGCGGGGGGGUCCCAACAUAAUCUCCCUCAUCGACAUCGUCAAAGACCCCGUGUCCCGGACUCCAGCCCUGGUCUUUGAACACGUGAACAACACAGACUUUAAGCAACUGUACCAGACCCUCACAGACUACGACAUCCGCUUCUACAUGUACGAGAUCCUCAAGGCGCUGGAUUACUGCCACAGCAUGGGGAUCAUGCACAGAGACGUGAAGCCACACAACGUCAUGAUCGACCACGAGCACCGCAAGCUGCGCCUCAUCGACUGGGGCCUGGCGGAGUUCUACCACCCGGGGCAGGAGUACAACGUGCGAGUGGCCUCGCGCUACUUCAAAGGGCCCGAGCUGCUGGUGGACUAUCAGAUGUACGACUACAGCCUGGACAUGUGGAGCCUGGGCUGCAUGUUGGCCAGCAUGAUCUUCAGAAAGGAGCCUUUCUUCCACGGCCACGAUAACUACGACCAGCUGGUGAGAAUAGCCAAGGUUCUGGGAACGGAGGACCUCUACGACUACAUCGACAAGUACAACAUCGAGCUGGAGCCUCGCUUCAACGACAUCCUGGGCAGGCACUCCCGGAAGCGGUGGGAGCGCUUCGUCCACAGCGAGAACCAGCACCUGGUCAGCCCCGAGGCCCUGGACUUCCUGGACAAGCUGCUGCGCUACGACCACCAGGCGCGGCUGACGGCCCGCGAGGCCAUGGACCACCCCUACUUCUCAGUCCCCAUCGUGAAGGACCAGUCCCGAGUGGCCGGGCCGGCCAGCCUGCCCGGCGGGAACCCGGCCGUGAGCACCGCCAGCAUGAUCACCGGUAUCUCUGCCUUGCCAGCCUCCACUGCCCUGGGCCCUCUCACCGGCUCCCCGGUCCUGUCUGCUGCCACCAACGCCCUGAGCCCCCCGGUGCCCGCUGCUGCCGGAGCCCCGCAGUGACCCCCCACCCCCCCAGUCCCACCACAGCCACCAGUCAGGGUGGGGGUGGAACCAGACAGGCGCCACCCCUCAGCCCCCCCCCCCCCCCCCCCCCGGAAUGACCGCAUUAACCUGACAUCGGACAUGAAUGUUCAGUGUAAAUGAAAUAUACAGGUAUUGAUUCAUUCACCCUCCAAGCAGCAGUGGAUACAUAGGGUGGUGUGUGUGUGUGGUGUGUGUGUGUGUGUGUGUGUGUGUGUGUGUGCGUGUGUGCGUGUGUGCGUGUCGUCCUGGGGGUCUCAGCAGCCCCUCCUUAGGUGUUUUAGUUGGGAUUGAGAAGGCCCUGGUCUCUAGCACAGCGGAGAGCGUAGGCCGUCCUGCUGCAGACCAGAGGAGGGCUGAGCUGCCCCCCCCCGGUGCCCCCCUGGCCCUCCCGGCCCCCCCGGUGCCCCCAUCCCAGCCUUUCUCCACUGUCUGGUGCCGUCUUGCCUUUCUGACCACACCAGAUGAUGAUUUGUUUUGUACACCGCCCCCCCGUCACCUCAUCUGCCCCCCCGAUGGAAACGUGGAGCUGGACCCAGGUCCGCCCCGCCGUCCCGCUCUGAUCUCUGUAAGAAGCCAGGUAAGGUUUAUUCAGGUUCUCAAAGAAAAGGUUUCUCAAACGUGCUGCUUUCCAGCUCCUUGAUUUCCUUCAAGCGGCUUUUCUUGAACGACUUCAAGACAAACCAAAGUUUACUCAGUGGGUCGAAGGAGAGACUGACCGGCGCGUCCAUCCAGUCCACACCAUCCAAUCACCUGCCGGCGACUGUUAGCGCUCCCCCUGAAGCCCGGCGACAUCCCAGCCCCCCCGCCCCCCGUGGAGACAGGCCGUGGUGUUCAGUAGCACUCCGUAGGCCCCGCUGUACAUACGCCUCUUUUUUCAGUUCACAAACCUGAAAAUGCAAAUAACCCCACGUGUACGCCCCGCCCCGACGACGGAGCCCCGCCCCACAUCACUGUAUAUAUUUUUAUGUCCUUCUGUAGAAGACUAGUAUUUGGAGAUAUUUGUGUAAAUAAACACGUGUUUUAUUUAUCGGG